AUGCCUCGCGAUCCUUUGAUUGGUCUAGUUGGCAAGCCCAGCGCGGGCAAAUCGAGCACGCUCAACUCGCUCACAGAUGCCUCUUCCAAAGUCGGUGGAUUCACCACCAUCGACCCGCAACGCGCCAUCGGCUACCUCCAGAUCGACUGCGCGUGCGCGCGGCACGGCGUAUCGGACCGGUGCCGGCCCAACUACGGGGCGUGCGUGGACGGGCGGCGCAGCGUGCCGAUCGAGCUGCUGGACGUGGCGGGCUUGGUGCCCGGGGCGCACCAGGGCAAGGGGCUGGGCAACAAGUUUCUGGACGACCUGCGGCACGCCGACGCGCUGAUCCACGUCGUCGACGUGUCCGGCACCACCGACGCCGAGGGCAAGAAUACGCGCGGCUACGACCCUAGCGUCGACAUCGCGUGGCUGCGGAGCGAGAUCGUCGCCUGGAUCAGGGGCAACUUGAUGGAGAAGUGGGGGUCCAUCAAGAGGCGCCAUAUUGCCGUCAAGGCUACCGCCGUCGAGACGCUGCAGAACCAGUUCAGCGGGUACGGGAGUACGUCGUCGGUGGUGGCGCGCACGCUGGAUAAGCUGGGGCUGAAGGAGCCGUUGGAGGAGUGGAGCAACGAAACGAUUGAUCGAGUGGUUAACGCAUUUACCGACGAAAAGUUCCCGACGGUCAUUGCGCUCAACAAGAUCGACCACCCCGACGCCGACAAAAACAUCGCCAAGAUCGCAAAGAUGCAGGACCCCAACACGAUUGUGCUCUGCUCAGCGGUAUCAGAAAUCUUCCUCCGGAAGCUAGCUAAGCAGGGGUAUAUCAAGUACACAGAAGGCAGCGAGUUCGUCGACACGAGGGAAGACCUAAUAGCAGACGGCGACCCGGACGGCGGGGGCUUAAAAGAGCUGGACGAGAAGAACCGGAAUAGGAUAGAGAACCUCAAAGAUAUGGUACUCUACAGGUUCGGAUCUACAGGGGUAGUCCAGGUGUUGUCCAAAGCGGCCGAGAUAUUAGGGCUGGUACCGGUGUAUCCUGUCAGGAAUACCGGGACGUUUGGAUCCGGGUCCGGCGAGUCGAAGCAGGUGUUCAGGGAUUGCGUUCUAGUGAAGAAGGGUUCAACGGUGGCAGACGUGGCUAGAAAGAUCAUGGGGGAUGCCCCUAUUGCGUACAUCGAGGGUGUUGGUGGGACCCGGGUCGCCGACGACCAAAUAGUGGCGGUAGGGAAAAACGAUAUAUUGUCAUUUAGGGUAGGGAAAUAA